GAAUUUGUUCUACGUCAUGGUCAUGUUUGGAACGAGAGGAUACCGAUCUGUCAUGAUUUUAGGAUUACAAGUCAUCCUCAUACUUGGAGGUGUCGGAUCCAGUCCAGGUUCAGAAUCCAGUGACCACCUCUGUGCAUGCUACAACGUUUCCAGAGCUUCAUCGGGAGCUGAGUGAUACUUGUGCUUCGUACCCCAGUGCUACUGUACAACUGAAAUUCAGAAUGUGGAAGAAUGUUAUUGUGACACCCAUCGAUCCAUGUUAUGGUUUAUCAAAAAGUGAGAUUUUCUCCACUCUAGAUCGACGACGACACGGACUAUGUACCAGAGGUUCCUUGUUUCCCGCUGCCUGCAUCCUCAAAAACUGGUAUGGGCAUGGGAUCAAAGGCGACGAAGUGGACGCCGACACGCACAGCAAUCCAAUCACGAUUUGGAGAUUGGAGGUGCGACAAAUUAUUCCAGGCGUACAGUAAAGAUGAGGUGGUUUGGCACAGUGGCCGUUAUUGGUAUCCAAGAUACUUUAGGACAAGUGUCCUGUUUCCAUUCCUUCCUCGAAAAGUGAGCUCUACUAGUGCCAACCUAAUGUUCAGGAAAAUGGAGCUUUAAUGGCAAGGAUUUUGGGAUGGUUCUUUAGAAGUGGAAAGGAUGUGGAGUAUUUCCAGUGCCUCGUGUUCGUGGAUCAUUGAUGUCGCAUCAAUGAUCCACGCAUCAAUGAUGCGUGUUUGCUCGACAAACAUCUUACCGGGAACAUAUACCUCAUUCUUACCCCAUAUCAUUGUAGAAUCUCUUCUGCCAAAUGACAUUUCUAAUUCCAGCGGGCUUGUCAUUUUUGGAGUUGACUCUGUUUUAGAUUGAUCAUGAAUCGAAUAGCGACACAACCACCAUGAUCAAGCACUGUAGGAACAUAUUGCUGUGCGAGUACGGGUUCCAUAUUCAUGACGACGUGAAGGCAACGAAGACAAACUUCUAAGUGCUAACAUCUUUAUCGUGGAAGGCAAAGCUCAUUACGUGAACGUAGGCUAGAACAUUAUUAAGUGGGCUACACUAUGAUCAGUUUGACGAAGUCGUCCUUUUAGACUUCUGUCAGUUGGAAAUUUUAUAAACCUCUGGACUUUGGAGGCCAGUGCCAUAUGACAAUUGCAGACACAUCUUGCAUAGAUCAUCCACGUGAGAGUUCAUACCAGUCCAGUCACUGCACAUUUCUUGAGGUCAGCAUCGUGAUCACAUGAGAUCAAAAGUUUCUCCACUUGUAACACUCAAAGUAUAAC